AUGAUGCAACAGCCACCGUCAAACGCCGCCGGAGCUGGACAGAUUCCAUCUGACCAGCAAGCUUAUCACCAACAGCAACAGUCGUGGAUGAUGCAACAGCAACAGCAACAGCAGCAGCAACAGGGUCAGCCGCCGGCUGGAUGGAACCAGCAGUCUGCGCCGUCACCGGGUCAACAGCAGCAGCAGUACUUCGGAGCUGGAUCUCAGAAUCCCGGAGCUGAUGGUGAGAUCCGUUCGCUGUGGAUCGGUGACUUGCAGCCUUGGAUGGACGAGACCUACAUCAUGAGCAUCUUCGCUCAAUCUGGCGAGGUUCAAUCGGCUAAGGUCAUUCGCAAUAAGCAGACUGGGCAGUGUGAGGGUUAUGGAUUCAUUGAGUUCGCCAACCAUGCUGCAGCUGAGAGGGUUUUGCAGACUUACAACGGUACUCAGAUGCCCAACUGUGAGCAGACCUUCAGGCUGAACUGGGCUCAGUCCGGUGCUGGAGAGAGGCGCCAAGCCGAAGGACCGGACUACACUAUUUUCGUAGGCGACCUGGCUCCUGAGGUCUCUGACUACUUGCUCACGGAGACAUUUACGACUGUAUAUACGUCUGUCAAGGGGGCGAAAGUUGUGACUGACAGGACCACGGGGCGGUCAAAGGGGUAUGGUUUCGUCAGGUUUUCGGAUGAAGGUGAGCAGAUGCGUGCCAUGACCGAGAUGAACGGUCAGUACUGCUCGACCAGGCCUAUGCGUAUUGGCCCGGCUGCCAACAAGCAGCCUCUUACAAUGCGUCCAGCUAUGUAUCAGGACAACCAAGGAGGAAAUCCUGGAGAAAGCGACCCCAGUAACACAACAAUAUUUGUUGGAGCUCUGGACGCUAGCGUUACAGACGAUGAGUUGAAGUCAGUCUUUGGUCGAUUCGGAGAACUAGUCCAUGUGAAAAUACCUCCAGGAAAGCGUUGUGGAUUCGUUCAAUAUACCAACAGGGCGUCUGCGGAGCAUGCACUUAAUGCGUUGAAUGGGUCACAGUUAGGUGGACAAAGCAUUCGUCUUUCAUGGGGACGUAGUCCAAACAAGCAGCCUGACCAAGCGCAAUGGAAUAAUGGUGGUGGAUACUAUGGAUACCCUCCACAGGCACAAGGGGGUUAUGAACCAUAUGGUUAUGCACAAGCUCCUCGUCCUCAGGAUCCUAAUGCCGCCGCCUACUAUGGCGGUUACCCUGGCUAUGGCAACUAUCCUCAGCAACGGCAGUGA